AUGUUUUUUUUUUUUUUUUUUUUUACUAUUCUUCUUCUUUCUUAUUCCCUCAUACCUCGUCCUCCUCUUUGUCUUCUUGCCUUCUGCCAUUGUUUCCUGAUUGUCCUUAACACAAUUUGUUUCUUCGGGAAUAUCGUACGAAUUUCAAAUGAACACAUAACCAUCACCCACUUCCGGAUACAAAAUACAUGUCUGUUGUUUCGGUUCAUCCAAAUCCCUCUCCUUCUCUCUCAAUCGAUCUCUUUACCUCUCACUCUUGAUUUCUUCCUCUCGAAACCUCUAUUUUCGAUUCGAUUUCUUUCCCACUCAUUAUUUUUCUCCUGUCGUCAUCACAAUCUCUCUGAACCUCUCUUUCCGCAUCAAUCUCUUUCCCACUCACUCAUGAUUUCCUCCUGUCUUCAUCACAACCUCUUUCACCCUCUCUUUCCGCUUCGAUCUUUUUCCUUCUCAUGA